GCAUCCGGGUGCGGCUCAGUGCGGACCAGCCCUGCCCCCAUUUCCACCCACCCACCCCUGCCCUGAUGCCUCUCUCCCCGCGAUUCGCCGCCCGCCAUCGUUGAGCUUGAUUGAGAGCGUCCGCUGCCUGCCUCUGCCAUCUGCCACCACCACAGCUUCCGUUGCUCUGUUGCUCGAUCUCCCGCCAAGGCAAGGCGAAGGAAGGGAGGGGAGAAGGAAGAGGCGGGUCGGUCGGUCGGUCGGUCGCCAUGGGGAUCUGCGCGUCGUCGAAGCGCGUGCAGCAGGAGGAGGACUCGGACGAGAACGUGGUGUACGUGAUGGACGAGCAGGGCGGCGGCGGCGGACCGGACGGGGACGGCCAUGGCCGGAAGGUGGCCUCCCUCUUCUCGCAGAAGGGCAAGAAAGGGCCCAACCAGGACGCCGUCAUCCUCUGCCAGGGAUUCGGCAUGGAGGACGGCGUGUUCUGCGGCGUGUUCGACGGGCACGGGCGGUGCGGGCAGUACAUCAGCAAGCUGGUGAGGGACUACCUGCCGUUCAUGAUCCUGAGCCACCGGAACGCGCUCCUCUUGGGCUCCUCCGAGGACGACGACGACGCGGCGGUCUUCAGCGACGCGUCGCCCGUGGCCUCGUCGGCGGCGUCGUCCACGGACGGCAGCGGGCGGUCGUCGCCGGCUCCAGCUGCGCAGCUGCUGGAGGAGUGGCGGGAGGCCUGCGCCAACGCGUUCCAGGCCAUGGACAAGGAGCUCAAGCUGCAGGCCAACGUCGACUGCAACUUCAGCGGCACCACCGCCGUGUGCGCCAUCAAGCAGGGGAAAGACCUCAUCGUCGCCAACCUCGGUGACUCCAGGGCCGUGCUGGCUACCAUGUCCGACACCGGAUACCUCAAGGCCGUGCAGCUCACCACUGACCAGAAGCCCAACGUGCCUCAGGAGGCUGAGCGGAUCAAGCGCUGCAACGGCCGGGUGUUCGCGCUCAAGGACGAGCCGUCGGUGCUGCGGGUGUGGCUGCCGGACGAGGACUGCCCGGGGCUGGCCAUGGCGCGGUCGCUGGGCGACUACAGGCUGAAGCGGCACGGCGUGGUGUCGGAGCCCGAGGUGACGCACCGCCGCGUGGCGCCGGGGGACCUGUUCAUCAUCCUGGCCACGGACGGCGUGUGGGACGUGCUGAGCAACGAGGAGGUGGUGUCCAUCGUCUGCGCCACCCCGCGGAAGCAGCACGCGUCCAAGGCCGUCGCCGAGGCCGCGGCGCAGCGGUGGCGGACCAGGUACCCGGCGUCCCGCGUCGACGACUGCUCCGCCGUCUGCCUCUUCCUAAGGGACCAGCACGACUGGGCCAGCAGCGUCGCCGCCGCCAAGGCCAAGGCGGCCGCCGCGAGACCUCCGCACGCCCGCUAGCUGCUAGCCGGGGAAGACGAAGCUUGCUCCGGCGAACAAGCACGCCGGCGUAGCCUCGUCGCGUCCGUCCGUGUCCGGCGGCGUUCUUGCUCUACUGGUGUGCCGCAAACGGCUGUUUUAGUGUACCGGGAGUGUAAUUAAGUGCUGUAACAUAGUGUUAAUUAGUAUAAGGUCUAGUGUUUUUACGACAAAGGAGAUGAGGAGAGAAAAAGGCGGGUAAUUUCUCAGUUUUGACUGUUGAUCAGCAGUGAUACCAUGCAUGGUAAUGGUAUGGUGUCGGAGCAAGCGAAUGGCUGGCAGGAACGCCGUUUGUACUCUGUGUGGCAUGUAAAAAAAUUACCAGUUAAAAGAAGAGUUACCGGUCCAAGUGCCCUUUUUUUUGUCGAUAUA